UGUAAAUAGUAAAAAUAACCUUUUGUACUUUAAUAGAAUUUAUUAUUGAUAUGUGUGUAAACUUUCAUACUUACCUAUCAGACUAUUUAUACUUGCUAAACUUUUGUAUUAAUUUAAAAGUGCUAUGGUGUGAGAAACCAAACAUAAUAAUAAAGGUGAUUUCAUAUUGCACAUAGUCUUUGGAAGUAUUUCUUUUUGAAAUGUUAAUUAAAAUGUAAUAGUAUUUAUGCGUUAAUUAAUAAUUAAUUCUAUUCACUUGUUUAAUACAUCUAAUCUAAAUAGAUAGUAAAUUCACUUGGUAUUAUUUACUUAAGUCUUCCUAUUCAUGUUUAGAACUACAAUUGAUCAAUCUCUUAAUUGACAUAUGUGCAUCCUGUGAGGAUUGCCUCUGUAUCGCCUUAAUUCACAAGUAUUAUAAGCAAAGAGAGAUAGUGGCUAGCAGUGGAAUCCAGGAUGCGUGUUUCGUCUUAUUUGAGACUCGUCAGAUGUCCUUCAACUAUCCAUUUUUGCUUAAAAUGCUUAUGACUUAAGACAGUGUUGUGAGUUGAACUUGGGUCGAUUUUUACCCCGUGCCAAUUGUUGCGUCCUUGACUGAAAAGAUUAGAGAGCAGUGUAUUAUAGAUCGAAUCAGUGACACGUAAAACACGCACGAACGGCCUAGAGUCCUGAUUAGUCCUGCUUCCCUGUCUAGCCCAGCCAGUUGAGUUCAGAACACAAGUCACAGCCUCUGAGAUAUGAAUAAUUAUAUUUCAGACAUACUCUGUUUAUAUACCAAUCAAACAAACCACAUCGUACCAUAAAAUAGAAAACAACAUUUGUACAAUAUUUAACAAGUGAAACAAAUAUUGGCCAAUAGAGAAUGUCCAUUCAAAGUCCAAGGACACCAUUAGACUUAACAUGAUAAUUAUUGGUAUAUUCCUCUGCAUCCCUAACAUCUGGCUUUACUGGAAAAGCCCAUUACGCUUUCUUAUACAACUCUGAGGGGUCUACUGCUAGACUAUGUUAAGUAUACAAACUUCGAAUGUGGUAAAGGAGGAAGAUUUCGUAAAAUGAUUCAUGGGGAUAUAAAAAAUUAAACUGCAUUACGUCAUCCCAACUCAGUGCAUACUAAAGGUUAUGCAGAUAAUUCAUUGAGGAGUUGCAAUGCAGUUCACGAAAAUGGGCACAAGUUUGGUCAAUGCUUGUCCUGUGGCAAGUUCCACUCUUUUAAUCCAUGUAAAUUUCAUAAUUGUAAGUGCUUUAAAUGUGUUGAUAUUGGACAUAUUCAGUCAGUUUGUAAUGCUACUGUUCAUCUUGCUGCAACGAAUAUUAAGUAUUGUAAUUCUGAUUCUAUUAAGCUGAGUAUUUAUAGUGAUCAUUUAUCUUUAUCAACGAUUUCAAAAGACAGUGUAGAGUCAUAUAGCAGUUCAGAGUUAAGUGAAACUCAGAAUCUUUGUGAGACAACAGUUUCUAAUCAAUCAACUAAUCAGAUUUCUCAUGUUAUUGUACCAGAUAUGAUUUUUCCUAAUGAUUCACCUAUUUCUGAUGAAAUUCCUUGAAAAUCUGAGGAAAAUAUGUUGAGUGAACCUAAUCAUGAUCGAAAGCCUGACGGAGUCUUGAUAGAUGCUGAUUUUUCUAAUGAUCCUUUACUCUGCAAUGACAUUCUUAAUAAAUUCGAGCAAACUAUUUCAGAAGAGUCAAAUCUUGAUGUUAUACCAAAUAGUGCAUUUAUUUCUUGUGGGGAACUUGUUCAAUACGAAGCACAAGUACUAAAUGAGCUCGAUUUUCAUUACAAUUCGGAUGAUUUCAUAUCAACUGCUGUUUAUCCUUGUCACGAAGUAACUUCUAAUGUUUACUCUAACCAAUGUGAGAAGUAUGUUUUAAAUGAAGUCACAGUAUUCAUAACUUGGAGAUAUAAAGAUCCAACAUUAUUUCGUGGGGGAGGAUAGUCUAAAAGUCUAUGGUUCAAAUUCUAGGUAGCAGCGGUUUUAGUACACAACCGACAUGCUGAUUACACAAUCCCAGGAAGCAGGUGAGUCUGUUCCGAUUUCGGUUGUUAAUUCUAAUACCAAUGAGUGCAUUCUAGAUAAUAGAGUUUUUAUCCAAUACAAUGUCGGACAGACACAGGAUGAACUUAAGAAGAAGACGUACAAUUGAUUACAGACACCUAGACUCCAGUUUUAGCUGUGACGAAUGUGGUGUUUGAAUGAACUAAUGAUACCUUUGUAUUUGUUGAAUGCUUGAUUUCGAAUUCCAAAUACAGUACAUUCGUUUGUGGUUAUCUAGUACUUCUUGAUCCGAUUGCGUUAUUUCUGGGAUUCUUAGUUCAUACUAUAAUUCAAAUAUUCCUGAACAUUACAAUUAAACAAUUUCGAAGCUUCACAAUAUUUCGAGAUAUUUAGUUACUUUGAUCCCUCGUUACCAA